AUGGCGAACUCCGACCGAAGCGAUCGUGUCUUUCGCAGCAAGUCGCAAGACCAACACAAUGAAUCAAAACUCGGAGAAAGACACCCGGAACUGCUUGUGGGUCUGUACGACAUGGACGACAUCCAGUUGCGAGAUACUGUUGAGGGCGACGGUAUUCGGCAAGUGCUGAUGGAGUCAUCUCGCCACCGAGCAGGCAGGGAGUUCCCGCGCCGAUACACCGAGCCUGUGAAGGUGAGAGACCGAGCUCCAGGACUUAUCGUCGAGCAGACCGAAGACUUCCGGGCAGUGACUGCGAAUGGUCUCAAGUACGAGAAAGCAGUUGAGGAGGAGCACGACAGCACGGAACAAGACUCGAAUUCGAGCUCGUCAUCGAUGUUGCAGUGGGUGGGCACGCUCGUGAUAGGGAUUUCCAUGUUGCUCACGUGGCCAAUUGGCCUUGCCUACAUGCGUGGCUGA